AAAACCUUUCAAAAUGAACAUAUGCUUGCUUCCCAGGUAGUACCACUCAACAGUCUUCUUUUACAAAAGCCAUGGAGUCCAAGAAGCUUCUCCUCCUCUUCCUCUUCUGCCUUUUCCACUCCGCCUGCCACGUCAUCCUCACCGCCGCCAUCGGCGUCAACUACGGCACAGUAGCCGACAACCUCCCGCCCCCGUCCCAGGUCGCCACCUUCCUCAAGACCAAGACCACCAUCGACCGCGUCAAGAUCUUCGACACCAACCCCGACGUCCUCCGCGCCUUCGCCAACACCGGCAUCGCCGUCACCGUCACCGUCGGUAACGGCGACUUCCCGCCCCUCGCCAAGCUCCCCGCCGCCCAGUCAUGGGUGGCCGACAACAUCCUCCCCUUCUAUCCCCGCACCAACAUCAACCGAAUCGCCGUCGGGAACGAAAUCCUAGCCACGUCGGACAAGGACCUUAUCGCGCAUCUCCUGCCGGCUAUGAAGGCGCUCCACUCGGCUCUCAACCUCGCCAACAUCACCGCCAUUCAGGUAUCGACACCUCACUCGCUCGGCAUUCUAGCCCCCAACACGGGCCCACCGAGCCUCGGACAGUUCCGGAGCGGCUACGACAAGAUCAUAUUCGAGCCGAUCUUGGAGUACCAUCGCCAGACCAAAUCGCCGUUCCUCGUCAACCCAUACCCGUUUUUCGGACUCUCACCUGAUACGCUCAACUACGCGACUUUCAGGCCAAACGGCGGCGUUUUCGACAAUGCCACCGGCAUGAACUACACCAACAUGUUCGACGCCCAGAUGGACGCGGUUUUCUCCGCGAUGAAGAAGGUCGGGUAUGAAGACGUGGAUCUAGUAGUCGCCGAAACCGGUUGGCCCUCCGCGGGUGACCCGAACCAACUCGGUGUGAGCUUGGAAAACGCGGUUUCGUACAACGGGAACCUCAUCCGCCACGUCGGCUCCGGGAAGGGCACGCCGUUGAUGCCGAACAGGACGUUCGAGACUUACAUUUUCGCGCUGUUCAAUGAGAACCUGAAGCCCACGCUGUCGGAGCAGAAUUACGGGCUGUUCAAACCCGACCUCGACCCGGUUUACGACGUGGGCCUUUUACGCAACGGGCAGGCACCGGGCCCCACAUCCGGCCCGGCAUCAGGCCCAUCAGCGAGUACCGCAGCAGGCCCAGCAGCGAUGGGUCCCACGCCCGAUGUAGUUGCGCAACCACCGUCGUCGACGGGGAAGAGGUGGUGCGUGCCGAAACCGAACGCUACCGAGGCGACGCUGCAGAAGAACAUAGACUACGUUUGCAGCAGCGGAGUGGACUGCAAGCCCAUACAGAACGGUGGGUCGUGCUUUGAGCCGAACACUGUGAAGUCACACGCGGCUUACGUCAUGAACGCCUAUUACCAGGAUCAUGGGCCACAGGAUAUUAACUGCGAUUUCAACGGCACCGGAGUGGUCACCACCGCUGAUCCCAGUUACAAAACGUGCACGUACCCUAACAAGGCGGAGAAGGAGGCAAAGUCGGUGGCGGGAAGCUCAACGAGAAUGAGAUGUAGCAAAGUGGCUCUGUCCUUUCUAAUGGUCGGUUGUGGUGUAAUGUUUAAUAUUUAGGGAAAUAGAGUCGAGUUUUUUAUGUUGUUUUAGGGUGACUACAUUUGUAGUGGGGACUAUAAUUCUAGAGGUGGCAAUUGUUGGCCAUUUUUUGGGUGCUAGGGCAUGAGAUUUGAAGCUAAUAGCUAGUAAUUAUCUAGGGUUUGGACCAUUAAGAUGUUAUUUAAGGUACACUCUAAAUUUUUCACACAUAUAAUAAUAACCUGUUUCAUGUC